AUGGCGCCGCCCCGCGCCUUCGCUCCUGCGCGCGCCGUUAGCCUCUUGCUUCCGCGUGCCACGGCGCAGAUCGCGGGAGGAAUCACCGGCGAUCUACCGGUUUCGUUCGUGCCUGGCAAUGCCGUCGCGUCAUUGCGCACAACGGCUCUGCAACCCCAAAACCCACCAACUCUCGCCCUGAUUCCUGCGCUUCCCCGCGUGUUCCGCCAUUUUUCUUCGGAAAAACAUAUGUCCCCCGUUCCGCGCAAGCGCCUUCCGCUGGUCGCAGCGGCUCAGGCGCAGCACACUGAUGUCAGCUCCGAUCUGGCGGAACCAUCCCCGCCAGGCGCAAGCGGCGCAGAGAGCGCGGAGGCCGCCGGGGGGAGAAGUAACUCGUUGGCGGAAUUUCCCCCGCUGACGUGGCCCAUGCGGAGCCACCUGUGCGGGGAGCUGCGCGCGGCAGACGAGGGCGCGCGCGUGCAGCUGUGCGGGUGGGUGGGCGCGCAGAGGGGGCUGGGCGGAGUGAUCUUCAUCAGCCUGCGGGACCACUCGGGCAUCGUGCAGGUGCGCGUGAGGGGGGCUGGGAAA